AGGACGAGGAGUCCAUGGUAGGGAUGAAAUCAAUAGUCAAGUAUUCUGUGGAAUGAGAAUGUCAACUGGAUAUAUAUUUGGCUAUUCAAUUGCUUGCUUGAGCUUUAUUCACCGUAAACGAAAUGACAGAAAUAGUUGAAAGCAUGCGGGUUUGGUGGACGCUUUACCAUGGAAAAAGCUGUACGCUGAAAAGCUUCGUCACCGUCACUUCAAUGUUAAGCCUUGAUCUUUAUCUACCAUAGAAUGCAACAUGUAACCUGGGGAAAACAUACUUCAAAUAGAAAAUAUUAAUUACGACAUGUCUGCGAAUAGUGUCAAGGAAAAAGGCUGAAGAUCAUGCCACUAUGAUUUGUGGAAUCGGGAAAAAAUCGCCACGAGUGGAUGUAAAUUGUCGCAGCUGCAGCAGCAUUUAGGUACAAUGGAUGACAGGUGGCAAUUGGAUAGUUAACGUUGACAAUUCUGUUCCAGAACCGUAUGGACUGAAAGACUUUGUGGAACAUUGGAGGGAUAGAAAAGAGAAUACGGGAGGCAUAACGAGAAAGCAGAAGUAGAGGAAGCAAACAAUAACGAAAAACAAAAUAAUAGAAUUAGCGUAAGAGCGAGAGGAAGAGAUGCUAGGCUCUGGGGCCAUGCAGCCAGAGUGAACCCUUCGAUCUUUAAUAAAAGAGAUGCAGCAGUGGAGGCAAAGAGAUUGAGAAAGACAAAAGAGAGAGAGAGAGGGGGGGGGAGAGGAAGUGGAUAAUGGUGGUGAUGGUAGUGCAGCGGAGGAGAAGUUAGACACGAAGAAACGGAACGACGGGAAGAGAGGAGAGGAGAGGGAAGCCUAGCGUUUGCAGCGAUCGGCGCACGCUACCCCGCGCGCGCGCGUCCUUACAAAACAACGCAUCUGAACACUCUGAACCCGUCGCUGAACGCGCCUCAACAGUUCGGCACGAAUUCACACUGAGUUGAUUAUCCUGUCCGACGCGCGGGUUUCAUCGCGGCGCCGCCAUAUUGGCGGCUCGAUAUAACACGUACUAAUAAUAAGUUCAGAUUGGGUACGGUAGGCAUCGCAGUUGACGCGCCGAUUUUAUAUCCGUUGAACGUUGCUACAACAAAUGUGCCAUAAACAGCGCAGUGAUCAUGUCAUAACAAUCGGCAGCCAUACUUAAUUCAUAAUGUAAGAAACCCGGGAGAAAACAUCAUCGUCCGAAUAUCGACAGAACAACAUACAUGUUUUUUUUUCUCACACUAGUUGAAUAAGUCCGUGGCUUUUGUUUUUUUUUUAAAUUUCAACGAUAAAUUUGUACCGACGUCGCGUCAUAUCCAGUCGUCGAUCGUCAAGAGUAAAUCCGAUGUUUUUACUUACAAAGUUAACGUAAUGAAGUUUGACGCAUGUUGAGAGUUUACUUCGCGAUUGUUUAAUUGACCUUAUUUCCACUUAACACUUUGCCAUCAAUCGUAAACAACAACGGACACUGUUCCGAUAAGUUCGAACGAGGCUGUACGUUUUUACGACGAAUCGAUCUUGCAAAAUUCUGGAUAUUUAUCUCAGUGAUUGUAAGAUGUUGUAAUUGUGUUGAACACGUGAACUGUGAAUUACUACAAUGGAUUACUAUUUGUGCAUCGGUAAACAUUUCCGCCGCGUUUGCAGUGAACAAUUGUUCAAAUCAAGAUAAAUCCUUGUUGAUGACCUUGUGGUAAUUUGCAUUGUUGAUAACAAUGCCUAUUGGAAAUGAACAGUCCAUUAGAUCAAGAUAUUAAGGAAUUUAGGUUUACGGACCAAAGGAAUAUUUGUAAAGACGAUACAAAAGUGGAUGAUUUACAAAAAUUUGAUGAACAAAUCGAUGAUCAAAAGUUAAUAUUCGAUUUACCGUCUCCUUUAUUGAGCUGUGAAAUUUGCGGGGAACAGUUUGUGUCCAAAAAGCAACUACGUUCUCACAUACAUACUCAUUUAGGAAGAGCGCGCGUAGUUCUGAGAAGGAUUACGAAUCUAAAAGCUGUAAAAAAGAAGCACAGCAGCACAUAUUGGCUGGAUCCGAAGAAAAAGGGAUCUUUGAAAUUGACGUUAAAGAAACAGAACUUCUCCGAUACUCUUAAGCUCAAGUUCAGAAAGUCAUCAGAGUCGGAAGACUUUACCGUUGUAAAUAGCAAUAUUAAUCUGGGUACAGAGAACUAUCAUCAAGGAGACGUGGCUGGGGCAAAGGAGAAUGAUCAAAGACAUGACAAUGAUUCAGAAAGUUCAAUCGAUCAACCGUUUGAAAACGUGAUGGUAGAACAACAGGAUGAAUAUGGGAACACUAAAUUUAAUAACGACGAUCAUAAUCCGUUGGAAGAAAAUGAUAGGCCAUCCAUAGACGUAAAUGAAGGUGAUUCCGGUGUAGGGAGUGAUAUGGCAAAUCCGUCUGAAAAGGAGGAUCAAAAUGUUGAUGAUCUGCAAGGUACAGACCAGUAUGAUAAUUCAGAAAAAAGACUCUCAGAGACAGAAGAUCACGAAGAAUCAGAUGCAUUGGAAGCAACGUGUCGGGAAACAAUUGAGAACCUAAAGAAGCUUGGCGAACAAUCUGGAUCUAGAUCUAUGAGCCAAUUAAUCAACAAUUCAGGAAUCGAUGAGGAUGACGACAGGGAACCUGAAUCUAACAUGAUACAUGAUUUAGAAGAGAAUCCGGCUAUUAGUAUUAUUUCCAAGUCUUCUACAUUUUCCAAUCACUCGGCAGAUUGUGCACCGGUAUGCGAAGAUGAAGAUAAACCUGAAGAAUCGGCGGAAGGAACGACAGGCUUCAAUUGGAACCAAUUAUCUACUAACUUGUCUAAUAAGAACAACGUGAUCUCCAAAGAGAACGAGGAACAGUCUGAACACAGGGGUGACAAUAAUAUCGAAAGUGCUGGAUCUCUCCUGCAAAAUUUGAUAGAACAUCAACGACAUAAUCAAAACGACACGUUAGCGAAUAAUUUACCAUCGGAAACGGAAUAUGUUUCGCUCGAAAAGCUGGCUGAAACUGUUAGUACCUGUCGCGUUUGUAACGAGAAAUUUAAAGAUAUUGCUCAUCUAGACGAGCAUCGAAGCAAAGUUGGUCAUUAUCAGUGCAAUGUUCCAGAAUGCAUUAAUCUUAUUUUUCAUUCGCCGUUGGAAGUUUCUAUGCAUAAAGCUCAAAUGCAUGGAACUCCUCUUUCACCAAGCGUGAGCCAAUUGUCUCCCCAUUUAAAUACCAAUUCGCCUCAUUUGAAUCAGAAUUCACCCCAAUUGAGCCAGGCAUCGCCUCAAUUGAAUACACAUUCGCCUCAUGCAGUGUCGAUGGAAUCUCCGAACACACCGAAUUCGCAACAAAUAAAUCGGAAUUCCCCAUUAACUUCUCCGCAUCAAACGAAUUCUCCUACAUAUAAUACAGUAGCCAACACUGGACAACAGAUAAUACCACCUGUUAAUUUUGAACAAUUACCUGCACCGGUUCAACAAUUAGCUCAACAAGUGCAACGUAUGCCACUUCCGCAAACGCAAAUGGCACCGAGUCUCGCGCCAGGUGCUAACACAAUGAUCCCUGGACCAAAUUACUUUGUACAACCACCAGGAAGGCCACCUCUAUAUAGAGUACCUGGUCCACAGGGUAUGCAUUAUCCUCCUCAUAUAGCACACAUGUACCAGCAAUAUGGGCCAGGUCCUUAUUCGCAAAUGUCUGCACCGCCACCACAAAUGCAUCCCCAAUUGUCUCAACAAAUUUCUCGUGGAAGGUAUCCUACUGUUGCACAAAGUAGUCGAGCACCACGUGCUCCACAAACCGGACCAGCUCCGCGGCAACGUAUGAAACGUCCUAUGCAGCAAUCGUUACAAGUACAGCAACAGAAUAAUUCUGCUAUGAAACAACGACGAAUGGACGUUUUAUUGCCAGACAGAAACGAAGACGCGGAUUGUCACGUUAUCGCGCAACAAAAGAGAAACGACGGUGUGCCCGUCAUACAGAACGUUCAAGGCGCCACAACCCAACAGACGAAUAGAAAUGAUUCUACGAUACAUCUUACAGAUUCUAUAACGCUCAGUGUACGACAACCAGGUUCCGCUCCAGCUCAAGUGCAGAACACAUCAGGUACUGGCGGCAAGAAGUCCGAUGCAAAGGCUGUGGCUAAUGUACUGGCAGCCAGAGGUAUUACUGUUACUCCAGCAGCAAAUAAAAAUAAAACAAGCGAACAAAACAAACAGCAGAUACUUUCACAGCAACAAAGGACUAUGCCUUCACAGCAGCCUUUAAAUGUUACAGCGCUCAAUCUGAAUUCUGCUAUUUCUAUAAUACCAGCUAGUUCGCAAAAAAAGCAACAGGAACAAAGCCAGUUCGCCGUUCCUCAGAACAAACAAAACAAAACAGCUGUGAACGAAGUGGAAAGACCGCCGAGACCACCUACUGUUGACUUAACGCAGGACGGUCCAUCGCAAGUACCGGUGGUGAGACGUGGAAGACCACCACGAGCGUUACUCACUUGUCAAGUGUGCGACAAGAAUUUUCAGAAUCAGGAAUUAUUGACGCAACACAUGGCCACGCAUCGCGCCUCGAGUAAAUUGCUCCACAAGUGUAAUCUUUGUCCUGCUCAAUACCCGACCGCUCAGGCGCUGAUAACGCACAAACAAGCGUAUCACAAGGAGGUUGAUACCGUAGCACAAAACGGUGGCGCGGAAUUAGCAUUGCCGGUUGUAGAUUUAAAGUCACCCCACGUGUUGAAUCGUUUGUCGAACCUCGGUAUACAAAGCUACAUACCGCUGGCGCAGCUCAGCGCUCAAACGGGUGGUUACUUCGGACUACCGAUAAUUACGAUAGACGGUGCAAGGAAUCCUAAUACUUUUAAUUUAGGUGCACUCGGUGCUACUUCUAUUCUAAGUCUGGGUCCUCUUAAACAUUUGUCAAACAGGUAACUGUGGACGAUUGUACACUCGGCCUAUGUUUCGUGCAAUCCUUUAAUUACCUUUGUACGUUUCGUUCGUAAGGAUUUCUUUGGACAAUUAUCGCUGUAUUGUCUGUCGACCGUGACGGGUAAUUUUUUUUUUUUUUCCAUAAAUUAGAGGCAACGUACAAUUUUUUUUUUUCUUCUCCUUUUCUUUUGCUAUUUCGAACAUUUUUUCUUUUUUCUUUUUCUUUUUAGUUUACGUGACUAUUAUCAUUUUAUUAGUUUAUUAUAGUCUUAAAGCAAUACAGUAUUUGUAACGAGGUUUAAAGAGACGUACGUGUUAUUUUAGGCUAAUAUAGAACAAGAUUUGAGAUAUGCAAUCAUUAUGAGAAGAUAGCGCGAGUCCGCGUGUAUGUUGUAUAUAUGUAUAUAUAUAGACGCAUAAAUAUAUAUAUAUAUACACAUAUAAGUAUGUAUGUGUACAUGUCAUAUGUCAUUAUGAAAGAAGUUUUAACGCGCGAUUCGAUACGCGUGUAAAUCAUCGUCACUGUUAGUAUAUUUUUUUUAAUAAAGACAUCGAAUAAAAUAAAACUUUACCGCACCGUAUUUUUCGGGAAUUACUCUGAGGUUACACGUCGCACAGGCGAACUAUUGUUCCAAGAAGUUUUGCCACAUUUCCAUUAAUAUACGACAGAUCAUGUUGUGGUACCGUUUGAUCUACGGAGGUACGGAACUAUACGAAACUAUUAGAAUUUCAUUAUGCACGAGAUUAGGAAACAGAACAUCUAACAGCUAUCCAACUUAUACAAAAAACUUAAUUCGUUUUACACACACGAAAGCACAAUUUCAUUUUUCGUACGAUUGUAACAAGUAAUAAAUUUCUUUUCGUUAUUAAUAUCGGGAACAUUAACCGUAUACACAUAAACACACGUACUACAGUGAGAGUUACUAACGUACCUAAUCAAUAGAUUUGUUCUCCUAAGGAAAAAAGAGAAAAAGAUAUAAUAUAUCCUGGAUACGUGAAAAGUUUUUCUGUACAGUAAAUAAUCAUAUUAUUACGCAGUGUUACUAAAUCACGUCCGUUUUUUCGAAUGAAAGAAUAUAAUUAUAAAUGAUAAAAACGCGCAGAGUUAAUACAGAGAUACAGCUAUAAGAUAAAAAGAGUUAAUUAUUUUUUUUUCGUUGAACAGUUUCGUUUUGUGAUUUAAAAGCAAAUUACUGAAAUACUACCGGUUGUAAAUAUAUUUUGUAAGAUGGGGGAAAAAAAAAGAAAAUAGAUUACAAUUGAAGCAUACGCCCGUUUAUACUUGAAAUAUCUUUAUAAAGAAUACUGAUAAUUGCGUAAGUGAUACUUAAGGCAGCCAACGUUAAGUAUAAUUCUCAUGUUAUCACACGCGUUCUUUAUUUAUUAUCAUUCUUGUUGAAACAUUGCGGUCUGUAAAUAAUUAUCAUUUCUUUUUGUGUACUGUGUACAUUUUAAAAUAAGCAAUCCGUUCCGUUUAAAUUAUGGAUUAUGAAAAUGGUUACUAA